AUGACCAAGACUGAUGACUUCCCAGAAUCUACAGGCGUAAAGCGCAUUGUACAAGCCUUGAAUGCCAAUGUCUGGUCCAAUGUAGUGAUGAAGAACGACAGGAACCAGGGCUUUAGCCUUCUCAACUCAUUGGCUGGUACAAACCAUAGCAUUGGGUCAAGAGAGACCUGUCGCUCAGAGCAGCCCCAUUUGCCAGCAGCAGGUAGGACUGAGUCCCUCUCCGGUCAGCGGGGAGGUGCAUCUAACACAGCAGGCGCUCAGGUCGACAGCAUCGUGGAUCCCAUGUUAGAUCUGGAUAUUCAAGAAUUAGCCAGUCUUACUACUGGAGGAGGAGAUUUGGAGAAUUUUGAAAGACUAUUUUCAAAGUUAAAGGAAAUGAAAGACAAGGCUGCGACGCUUCCUCACGAGCAAAGAAAGUUGCAUGCAGAAAAGGUGGCCAAAGCAUUCUGGAUGGCAAUUGGGGGAGACAGAGAUGAAAUUGAAGGCCUUUCAUCUGAUGAAGAACACUAAAUUAUUCUUACUAGGGUUUGACUAACAAAGAUUCUAGCUCUAUCUAAGAUAACUUCCCUACUCAAUCCAGUCAUAUUUUGCUGAAAUUCCCAUUAUCAUGUUGGCCACCUGACUUUGUUUAUAGGGUUCACUAUGUUUAGUUUUGAGUAGGGCAUUAAGGAGAGAUCUUUUCUCCCUCAGUGUAUUUUAAGGGAGUGAGGAAUAUAAGGAUAAUAAUGAGUGAGAAUUUCUCAGAUACACUUUUUUUGGUCUAGGAAUGGCGGUAGAAUGAGUUUCAGAGAUCUGUGUAAUUUACCCAGAUGGAAGAAGAAAACCACCAGGCCAUUCCUAGUCAGCCCUUUAAGUAACAUUCUCUACCUUCAAACUUGAUAGUGCACACCAGGGCUGACUUCUAUCACCUUUCCUGGGGGUUUUGGGUUUUCUCCAUUUAAGGAGCUUGUGGCUCUGAGCAAUGAUGCUUUUAAGGGAAGGAAAUGAGCCAACUGCAUAUUUGAUUUGUACCACAGUAUAGACAGGGCCAAAGUUAGUGGCCAACAGGUUAGUCUCUAACUAAAAAAAAUGCUUCAGGGCAUUUCUUUUGAAGUGUAGUAUCUGAACUUAUGCUAGAAAGAAUGGAAAAAAACAGUGUGAAUUUUUAGACUAUUAUAAAUGAGGCAAAAGU